AGAAUUUUCUUUGAUGUUUACAAAUUGAUAUGAAAAUGCCAGCCGCACAAGUGUCCUUGGUCGUAUGAUAAGAGGAGAUGUACGUAGCAUUUGUUCGAGGAUUGCAGGUACGCUGUAGCUUUCCGAACACAGCAGUCUGUAGGGUACUUAGAUGAAUGAGUGUGUGCGUGAAGGGCCUGUAAUUAAGUGGAAACAACGCUUAUUUACUCAGAAGCAGAGCCUCAACCUAGAUGUGAAUAAAGCAAGCAUGGCGCGGUCCUCGUUCCACAGUGGUUUAUCCACAUUUUUGCAACACUGUGGAGAUUGCGUCUAGGUAUCUACGCGCAUUUGGAGCGACUGAAGCGACCUUUCUCGCUGUUUGCACAUCCCGUCGAGUACAAGGACUUACUUGAUGCGCUUCUGUUGCUGCGAGCAGCUGGAAGGAUCUUUCUUAUAAUUAUCUGGGCAGAAGGACAAGAUCCCCGAUUCUCUCCGCAUUUCUGGGCGGCGAAAAAUAGAAGACCAGUUAUUUUGAAGCACAAAAAGCUCCCAGGCGUACCAAGGCUAUCACCUCCUUUCCGCCUCUAUGGUGUAUGUUGUGCCUUGAUGAAGGAUCGGUCUAUUGGCCAAAGGAGCAAGCAAGAUGACGACGUCCGGUGGGGAGCUUAGCGAUGUGGACAAGGUAUCCUUGGCCUGUCGUGCGCUCUACAGUGGGGACAACGAGAAGCUGAAGGAAGCGAACGCCUUUCUGACAAAUUGGCAGCAACAGGAAACAGCAUGGGAGACAGCCAACCAGAUCCUAGCGCAGGCCGAUGUCAAUGAUACGGCAAACGCAAGCACACCGUACUUUUUUUUUGCAGAAUAAAGAAUGUAAUCGGUGACUAUUCUCGCUCUCUUCACGCACUUCUAUGACAAUUUUUUCCACAAAAACAUUUAACCAACAAUGUGAUAAGAGUUUAAGAUGAAGAGAGUCAUAGUGAAUAAAUCUUUCUCCUAAAAAUCCUGUUACCCUCAUAUCCAUUAGGUCCUUCGCUGCUCAGACGCUACGGACAAAGAUUUUGUACGAUGUCAACGAUCUGGACACCGAAGCAAAGAUGAACUACGUGAAACAGCAAAUUUUCGCACACCUUGCUAAGUUUCAUCAACAUCCCCAGCAUCAUGCACUGCUAAAACAGCUGUGUCUUGCCCUCGUGGGCUUAGCGAUACAGAUGGACAGGUAUUACCUACAACUAACCAAGUUCGAUUUCAAGAUGGAUGGAGUCCUAUUCCGAUAUUGAUGAAUUGACGAGAAAAGGUGAAAAUCAAAAUCUUAGUGACAACUACUACUACAACACGAUCAUCAGCUUGUGGCCGAAUCUAGUGGACUCACUGCUGGAAAGCUUCGGACAGAGUGUGACGACGUAUGCAAUUCUGUUAGACCUCCUGAAAUUUUUGCCAGAGGAAAACAGAAAUAGGCGGCUCCUUACAGAUACUGCGAAGAGAAAGAACAAUGCCCAGAGGCUGGAAGACGGCAUGCCGAAAGUUUUCGCGUUUCUGCAGCAAAUACAGUACCAACACUUGUUUUUUUUAGAAGUUGGCAUCUCUAACAAUGCUUGGUUUGGUUCUGACGGCUAAUGUGGUGAUUCUCAUUCGUGUAGCGGUUUGAUUAUCAGAUAGUACUCAUGUGUAACUAUAUUGUUACUCAGGUCACCCAUCAUCCUCGGAGUCAAGUAGGUGCCGGGGGUACUCGAUGUGCAGGAUUCAUAACCUAACCUAACCUUUUUCUCAUUAAACUCGUCAUUUUCAGGAUGCCGAACAACACAGCGAAAAGAAAAGUACUAGAGUGCUUUAGUGCAUGGGCACAGUUCUUUAAGCAGCCAGAGAGCCUCUUUCAGAGUCGAGACUCGCUUUUGUUGCCUUGCUUUGGCUACUUAAGCGACAAUGAGCUCGGAAGCAUUGCCGCAGAAGUGAUCUCAGAGGUGCUGGGAUUGUUCAGGCCAGACGAGAUGGUGCAGCAAGGGUAAUAAGUUUUUUUCAUUUUUUUUGACAUAAUUAAUUCAGCUUGUUCAUGCAGCUUUGAUUUCAGAUGUUUCUACAAAAAAAGUUGUGGUUAAACCUAUAUAAUGUUGAUUGCCGCUGAGGUUUUAGUAGAAGUCGCUUCUUUAUCUUUUCCUAUCCCUAUCUCGUUUUAUCAUACAUUCAUUAGCUUUAUCAGGAGUCCGCAGUCGAUGUGCGUGCAGCCUCUGCUGAGUUGUGUACAGAGUAUCGAGGGAUCCUUUGUAGACCUCCUGAAGGGUCCGUCGACGCCGGACGAGGAAAGUAUGAAGCGUUUUGUGCGGGUUUUCUGUGCUGCAGGAUUCGCGCUGCAGGAGGUUAUCGUCAAGCACCCACAGGCGACCGAGGGCCUGAUCUCGCCAUUGCUGCUCUCGCUGCGCGCGCCGAAUGCACCGGCGCUCCAGACGAUGGCCGCGAAUUGCUGGCUAGAUUUGGUCGAGUGCGUGGGAAGGACUUUCGGGACAGAAAAUGGCGCCGGCUAUUUCGGACCUGCAUCAUUGCCACAGGACCUAGUCGCAGUGAUCAAGCGUAUGUUAGGGGUGCUCGUAGAAGCAGUGGCAGUUCCAGAGGACGUGCGGAACCCAGUAGAAGAAAGCGAGGAAGACUGGGAGGACUGGAGACGGGAGGCGCAACUGCUGGCGUGGGAAGCCUCGCAGCGGGUCUUAGGAAACGGAGAAGCCCUGUGCCUGCUGAUUCAGUCCCUGCAGAGCGUGAACAGCCAAGGCGAGCUCGCGCUCCAGCAGCUAGGCGGUGCGACGAGUAGCAGUAGUUCCAGCUCGGGCGGUGCCAAUGCGGCGCUGCUAGAAAGACGACGGGCUGCGCGAGCAGCACUGGUUCUGCGACAAGAAGCGCACUUUUACCUCAUUGCAGCAGUGGGGUGGAACUUCGAACCGCCAAAAGCAACAAAUGCUCAGCAGGAGGAACCCAUUCGGCGGCUGAACUUCUUAAUCACAGAACUUUUACGGCACCUUUCAACAGUCGUAAAUCAAGGACCACAAGAAGGCGACAAUCGCUACAUGCUGGAAUUUUCACAAGCCACUGCGUUGACAGUGAUCCAGUACCUGGCGCAAUACGUUUUAGAGGCAGACCCGCCACCACCAGCGGAGGCUGUAAUUCUCAAAGGGAUCUUAUCGUGUCUGGCGCAGCCGCUUAUUGGCGGGGGCAGUGCCGCAGGAUCUUCAACUGGAAGUUCCUCUUCCUCGGGAAGCAAGCAGACCAAUGCGGCGUACGCGCUCAAAGAGGUGUGCCGCCGCAGUCGGGACUUCUGCGCCUACGAGCAGGACGCCAACGGCAACGAGAUGACAGGCUCGCCCUGCGGUCUGUUGGCGCAUCUCGAUGCGCUCCUAGUGGUCUAUGAGCGCAGCCUUCCCGUGACCUCGGCGCGGGCACACGUCCAAGUGACCGAAGGCUUGGCAGAGGUCUUGCGGCAGUGUAAAGUGGGCCAGGUGUUCCGCGCUGCGCUGGAAAGGCUUAUUGUGCCACUCGUGCACGGACUCCAGUCGCCGCAGGUAACUGUCCAGCAAAUAGGCGAGGUCAUGGAUCGCCUCACCGUGAUCAUGGAUCAACUUCGGUAUGGCAUUCGGCGAGAGCUCGACCCCAGCGACCAAGAAUGCAGACAAGCACUUGGCGACGCCUUUUUGAACAGCCUCUUCCCGAUUGUAAAUCAGCUCUGCCUCAGCCACGCAGAGGACGCGAACAUGAUUGAAAAGAGCACCCGCUUCCUCAAGCACUCCCUUCGGAAUUUUCCAGACAUCUUCCAGAAUAUCCUUCCAACAUUCAUAGAAACCAUCGCGACCUGCUUCGACAAAAAGCACCUCUCCUCCUGGCUCUACGCGAGCGAAUACACCGUCAGCGAAUACGGGGAUGUACUAUAUUGAACUUUCUUAUGUAAUCCUGCAGCAGGAUCAGAGGAUGAAGAUUUUCUUCCUGCGAUAGAGGAUAUUGAGAAGUUAGUGAUAUCCUAUCAGCAUCGAGACUAAGAAUUAAUGCUCAUUCAUGGUCAAAUGGCGCAUUCGUCGUACUACUUAUUUUGUUUGAAAGAUUUAGAUUUUUUCUUUCUUCAUUUGUUUCUUAAUCCCAACACCAACAGAUCCCAGAACAUCGCGCUAUGCUUGGGCAGUUAUUCAACCGGCUUUCCGCCUCCUGCGUCGUUACCCUGCAGGCCAUGCCACCGAAUGACCUUAACGCAGAGCUCAUCGAAGACUACUACGGCAUGUAUGGAAGAUACGUCAAAUGCACGCCGGAAAUCGUCUACAACUCGGCACACUACCCCGUAACCUUGCAGCUAAUGGAAAAAUGCUUCGUGGUACUCAUACUCUCUCAGAUAUUUUCAGGACGCCUUUUUUACUAUUUAUUUCUGAUUGUAUCGCUAUCUCCAAUGACCUUCCUACGUGCAGCAUCUUUUAACAACGUGAUCAUACCUAGGAGAUUCAAUUAAUUUCGAAUUCUUGGCGAGCACGAGAACUACUAAGUAAGUUAGUACUUGUUCAUCUCAAAAUAAUCAAUCAAGGUUCCCUGUCGCGAGAGCAUCGAUUCGAUUAUGGGUUUCGUGGAGACUGUGUUGCGCUGUGGGAGUUCGGAGGUUGCCAUGCAUUUGCUGACUAAUCAUGCGGAAAGUUUGGUCGCUGCGUGUUUUCGGGUUGCCAAUUGCAACUGGAAUGACGAGAUUCGAGACUGCUUCCCCACCUUUCUCCAGGAGAUUCACGGGGCCUGCGUUUUCUACAAAUUACCCCAUGUGUACCAGACGGCAAUAGCGACGCAGUUUAACGCAAUUAUUCAGUGGCGCAAGAUUGCGUCGGAAAACGAAGUAAGCCUCUGGGUGAAAAAUUUGCAGGACAUAUCUCACUUUCGCGAAGGCAGCGGCGGUCAGCCGGGACGCAGCAACAACGGCUUCGGCGAUGGGCGCCCAAGAGGGUACGUGAGUGGGGACGCACGACGAAGCUGGGAUACGAUAUGGUACAGACUCGGCCAGUUCCAGAAUCGACGGGCUGCGGCGGUACAGGACAGCAAGGCACAAGGAGACGCAGAAUAGCGUCUUAGACUUUUUGUCUGUGUGCUCAGCGAUCGACGCUACCUAGCUUUACUCAGGUGGUUUACAAAAUUAGUAGUAAAACCUGGGAAGGGUCAAAUAAAAGUGUCUGUUGUGCUUCUAAUCGACUAAUGGAAGUUUUCGCAUGCGAUUGAUCAACACGUUUGUAACCCCUUACAUCUGGCGAUUCACGUUGUUUCCCACGUAGUUCAUAAAGUCUCAUUUUUCACAUGCUAUCGUUUCACUGUAGCGCAGUUUCUCUUCGCGCCACGAAGAGGCAUCGUUUUAAUGCUCGUAGUCUCGAACGCUUUUGUUGAUACCACAGAGUGAAACUCAAUGAAAUCACAAGGAAUGUCAUAUAACAUCGACUGAAGAUUGGAAGAUAAACACCAAACCUGUUAUAUGCGGGAUAUAUCCGCUGGGGCCAUAGCAUGGGCCUAUGCGAUGCGCCGUUGAGUACAACUCAUCGAUGGAGGCGCAGGUGUCUCAUAUGCUCGCACGCAGCACAGACUGGCUGCACAUCGAAAUCCUUCUCGUCGCGCGAGCAGCAGACCUCACUAUGAUCAUAAUUGAUCCGUUCUUGAAUAGAAGAAUGAUCAUUGUGAAAGACAAAUAUCGAGGUUUUACACUAGCGCAACCCAAUGUUGAUUAGAAUGAGAUGGAAAUAACACGAGCUCGAGGGAGUUGGAAAGCAAUUGUUGAUGAAAAUAUGCUCCACCAACUAGAGCAGCUAUAUCGGAU